UGUGUUCUGUCUCUCUGUGCUCCAUUGCUUCUGUCUGCCUCCGGGAAGCUCCUGUUAUUAAUAUGAGACCUAUAGGUGCUCUGGUAGUUUUGGGGCUACUGGUGGGGGCCUGGGGGCAGGUACCCCUUAGGCCACCUUGUGACUCGCUGGAGGUGGAAGAGGCUGGUUUAGUGUCCCAGGACUACAUCAAUUCUCAAUUCUCCCAUGGUUACAAGUAUGCCCUCAACCAGAUUGAAGAUGUCAAAAUCUAUCCGAAGGCUGAUGGUGGGGAGACCAUGGUUUUGGACCUGGAACUGCUCGAGACCAAGUGCCACAUCCUCGACCCAACUCCUGUAGCCAACUGCACAGUCAGACCCAGACAUGAAACGAAAGUUGAGGCAGAUUGUGAUGUGAUUUUAUCAAAGGCGGGAGGAGUCCUGUCCGUGUUGUCCUACAAGUGCAAAUCCGAACCAGAAUCAGCAGAGGACAUGUGCGUGGGCUGCCCCUUACUCGAACCUCUGAACCACACCGAUGCUCUGCAGGUCGUUGCUUCUUCUUUGGCCCAAUUCAACCUCAGACCUGAUAACAAUACUGCUAAGUUUGCACUGAGGGACGUUGGAAGGCUGUCAUCACAGAUUGUAUCCGGUGGCCCCCAGUUUUUAACGGAAUACGCCAUUGUAGAGACUAACUGCACGGUUGAUGACGAUGGCAUCUGCAUUCCUUUACCCGACCCUCUGGCUAGAACUGGCUUCUGCAUUGCGAAAGGUGUCCCUGCUGCUGCUACAGUGGACUGCACUGUGUUUGAUAUUGCGGUUCCCCCGCUGCCCCCCCUGGUGAAUGCUACAGACGCAGUGGUGCCCCCUGUUGUCCCGCCAUUCCAGACCAUCCAUGGCCUCAAGCACCACCACAGAAAGAGUGCCAUCCAUGACCCGGCGCUUGCCAGCUUGUUGUCUGAGUCUGCCGAGUCACAGGAGAUGGCGGCGCCGAUAGUGAAGAGGCAGGUCCCGGCGGAGACACAGAUAGAUCCACCGGUCGCGGCUCAGCUCCCCCCUUUGCCAGUCUGCCCAGGAAAGGUCAAGCACUUCUAAGCCACAUCCGCACUGACCAUGACUUCUUUUUACCAUCCGGUUAUGGUCAUUUCCUGCGUGAUAAUUUGUGCUUGUGAUGGAGCACUAUCCUGGAAAAAAGCCUCACAAUGUCAAGUUCCUUUCAUCAGAUGCAUUGUAUCCUUCAUAAGGCUACUUUCAUUCUAUUCUGCUGAGACGCUUGAGACAGACAUGAAUACAUGACAAUCCACAUCACUCCUAUGGAUGUAAGAUUAAACUGACCAGGAGACAUGAGAUGAUUGAUGAGUGCUGACCAGUCAGUCUGAAAUUGCUGAAUGUGACCUUGGCACUAUUAUUUUAGACGAAAAAGGUACUCAAACCCAUUUGAGUGACGUGGCAAUUAAAUAUGUCUUAGGGUGUCAUUAGUAGGAAUACCCAAGUUGUAAUUGGUUAAUUAGAUCUCUUGGGGGGGGGGGGGGGGGGGGGAACAAAGG